AUGGCGUCGGACCCAGCACCGUCCACGGACAAGUGGAUGAACUUUCUGACGGAGGCGAAUCUCGACGACGACACCUACGUGCCCGGCGUGCUGCUGCCGUCGCAGCCUGCGUUAGAGCAGGUCGCGUGCAGCGCCGAGGGCGGCGGCGGGAACACGGAGGAAGGCGAGAAGACGGGUUCCAGCAGCAGGAAGAGGUCGCGCGAUGAGGGCGCGGCCACCGCUGACGUGUCAUGCAGCAAGGCCAACCGGGAGAAGAUGAGACGCGACCGACUCAACGACAGGUUCCUGGAGCUGAGCCGAUCACUGGAACCUGGAAAGGCCCCCAAGGCGGACAAGGCGAGCAUCCUGUGUGACGCGGUGCGUGUGCUCUCCCAGCUGCGCGCCGAGCGAGAGGCGCUCAAGGAGAGCAACGCCGCGCUGCAGGAGCAGAUCAAGGAGCUCAAGGCUGAGAAGCAUGAGCUCCGUGAGGAGAAGGCCCGGCUCAAGGCCGAGAGCGAGAAGCUGCAGCAACACGUCAACGGAUCCGCUGCUUUCGAGACUUCUCACAAGCAAGCCACCCCCACCACCCCCUCCUCCGUCCGUCCUUUGAUGCAGCAGUGCCAGCAGAUGGCUCUUGGCACUCCCAAGGGAGCACACAUGGGAGGCAUGACCGCACCCAUGUCUGCACCCAUGUCUGCUCCUAUGCCCGGCCCCAUGUCUUCUCCCAUGCCCGCUGCCAUGACUGCUGCUGCUGUGUCACACGAAGUGAGAAUGUCUCCUGCUAAGACCACUUUCCUCGUGGUCGUCCUCUGCUCUGCGGUGCUCCUUUCCGCCCCUGCGCGCGUCUCGGCCGCCAAAAACACGACUGCGCCUGCUAACGCGACGGCUCCUGCUAAGGCAGCUGCGCCUGCCAACGCGACUAAGUCUGGAAACGCCACCAAAAUUGGAAACAGCGCCGUCGGAAUGGCGACGGCGAGGAAGAGCAAGGGCGCGAGCGAAGGAAAGAACUCCACAUGCGCCUACUACGGCAACUAUAACGCAAACCCCUACUUCGGCAAGGGGCUCACCGCGAAGCUUCCUCCCGCCCUCUUUGGCAAGCGCUGCGGCGCGUGCUACAAGGUGGAGUGCCACAACGACACAAAGCGCUGCCGCAGCGGCAAGGCUAUCGUGACCGUCCGCGUGGUUGGCGAGACGAAGACGGAGAAGCAGCUCUCGCUCUCCGCCGUCUCGUGGUCCAAGAUCGUGCAGGGGACAGACACCGCCCCUGUUCACAUCACGUACAAGCGCACCAACUGCGUGUCGACCGUCGGAUCGGGUGUCCGCGUGCGCAGCAACUCUUUGGCGGAGAAGUUCAACAUUCAGAUGGUGGGGCUGGCCGGCUCAGGUACGCUUAUCGAGGUCGAGCUUAGCGCGGACGGCAAGAAGUGGGUGAAGCUGACGCGCGACGGCAGCAAGGCGGUGUGGGGAAUCGCGGGCGCGGAGGCGAAGGAGGUUGUGGGCGCGAAGAAGGCGAUGAGCGUGCGCCUCACCGCGGGACACACCCUUGAGAAGAUCAUCCUCGAUAAAGUCAUUCCCGCUAACUGGAAGUCGUCGACGCUGUACUCGUCGAAGACCAACUUCAAGAAACUCAUGGCUGAGGCUAAGUAG